AUGAGCAUCCUACGAGUUUCCUAUUGCCACCGCCGCGUGGCGCUGUUUGGAAUCGAUGACGCUGCCCCUACCCGCACACUCCCUCUUGGCACGGACAGGAAGUUAGCUUUGUCGACACGUUCGUCGAACAGCAAGAUGUCUGGGGCAGAUGUGGAGGAGUUUCUUCAACAAAACAGAGAUACGGCCACCCAGGUGGAGACGUUUCGGGGCUACUGGGAGAGCAACAAGCAGUGGGAGGCCAGAAGGGAGUUUAUCCUGAGGAACCUGAGCGACUACGAAGACGUGCAGAUGGAUAACUUGCUCUCAUUGUCCAUGGUGUGGGCCAACAACGUCUUCCUCGGCUGCCGAAUACGUCUCUUCAACGGCAGGUACAACACAGAGCUCCUGGAAAAAGUAAAGGAAAUGGCUGAUGGCAUCAUAGUGGACGACGCUCCAAUCUUCAAGACGAGAGAUGAAAUAAUGAAGAACCAAAAGGGUCGAUGACCGGUCCACUUAAAACGACAACAGCUGGAAACGAACAUUUUUAUGGUUUUACGAUCUUUAAAAAAAAAAAAAAAAGUCCUUGUAUAGUGAAAACAAAUAUGUGCACAACCUUUGUAUAGAUACAACUGAAGUGUUCAUUUUUAAAACAUGGUUUCGCUGUUUUUAAAGUGCUUUUUUUAUGGAAGUUUUUUUUUUUUUUACAUUUCCAUGACAGAGAACACUGGACAUAGUUUGAAGGUUUGUCUGUUUCAUAAUAAAUGGCAUUUGUUUUCUAACCAC